AUGGCCCAACUACGGGGUGCGAAAGCCUACAUACAAGCCGCCCCAUGGGCUAACAUUCGAAACAGUAUCAGCGUGCGUCGUUCCUAGUGGUCUCGUCUCGCAAACGCUGUUGGAGACAGCGAGCUCAAGCCAAGCGAGAGAUAUUGUCUAUUGUCUUCUUCUUCUUCUUCUUCUUCUUCUUCGUUUCCCAUCCAUUCGGGAAGCCUUUCUCCGGAGGAAAUAAUUGCGUCAAUUAAAGGAUCUCCGAGGAAUGGCUAAAGCAAAGCAUCAAAAGUCUAAACCUAACAAACCACCCCAUAUGAAAAAGCAUGGAAAGCUGGGUGACAUAUCCGAAUUUCGUGCUCAGCUUGAUGCUUUAGGGUUAAAAAUUAUUCAAGUAACAGCAGAUGGUAAUUGUUUCUUCAGAGCAUUAGCAGAUCAGUUGGAUGGCAACGAGGAAGAGCAUGAAAAGUACCGCAGUAUGGUGGUGCAGUUUAUUUUGAAGAAUGCUGAAAUGUUUGAGCCCUUCAUUGAAGAUGAUGUGCCAUUUGAUGAAUACUGCCAGUCCAUGGAAAAGGAUGGGACAUGGGCCGGUCAUAUGGAAUUGCAAGCUGCUUCUCUUGUUACUCAUACUAAUAUAUGUAUACACCAACGUAAUUAUCCCCGGUGGUACAUAAAGAAUUUCGACAACCAUGAAGCUCGUAUGAUCCAUUUAUCUUAUCAUGAUGGAGAGCACUAUAACAGUGUGCGGUUGAAGGAAGACACUUGCACAGGACCGGCUAGGCCAAUUAUAAUCAAGGCUGAUACUGGUCUUCCAGUAACAUCUCAUCAAGCAGAAGGUUCUGAUACCAAAUCUAAAAGGAGAGCUGGGAAGAAUUUUAUCUGUGCAGAAUCUGUCAAAUUGGUCAUGGCCGGGGGUGGAUGUCAAGAUGAUAAAAAAGUUGGACAGGUUUUACAUCAAGUGGGAGGUGAUGUUGAUGCAGCAAUAGAGUUUCUCAUAGCAGAACGAGGAUCAGAGGAUUUUUCGGUUGAAAGUGAUAAAAUUCCUUCUCCAGCGGAUACUUCUCAUGGUGCCCGAGAAAAUGAAAGCAUCCCACAACAAAAUAAACUCAAAAGUAAUUCAUCCACAGCCGAACCAUCUUGCAAUGGAAAAAUAAAUAAUGACAAUGGAAGCUCACAGCAGGAUGAAAAGAAAAUCCCAAGAAACAAGGUUUGCCCAUGUGGUUCAAAGAAGAAAUACAAAGCUUGUUGUGGAUCUGUUUCAGGGAGAUCCUCCACUAAAUUUGCAGUGGACGAAGAGGACUUGUCUAUUGUUUUUCAAGUGUGGAGUUUUAAGUGCAAUGCUCCUAAUGAUCAAAAUGACAUUUUCAUCAAGAUUUUUGUGCGUAUUUUAUUGGCAAAUAACAUUAUUUGCUGAUACAACUGUGAUGCUUUGUUUUCUUUAAACAAUUUAAAGGAGGACAUCUAUUCAUAAACCUUUAUCUUAAUGUGUCAGAUGUCCUGUAGCAACAUGUUCAAAGCAGAUAAAUGUAAAUGUAAUGUAUACUGUUGUAAUGUGACAACAACCAUGACAGAUGGAUAUCUACUCUGAACCUGUUGUUAGUGAUUAUUCGGUAGACAGAGCCUAGAUCACACAUUGGAAAUACUCUUUCCUCAAGAAUGCAUGAGUGUGAUUAAACUUCAUUUAUGCAGUGUACUUUUUAUUUAUUUUUAUGCCCAUGGGAUGUAUUCACAUGAAAAAUAAUUUAUGCAGUUGCAUGAUUUUGAGAGAGCUGCUCACUAACCUAAAAUCACAGUACCUAAUUAUUACAGUAAAGAAAGCUCAAAGUAUUAUUAAUUAUGAUUGCUCAACUUAUCAUGCAAGAGAGAGAGAUCGAUUGAUCGAUCUUGAUUAGCGUUCUUUAUAUAGUAAUAGUCACUGGUAUCUUUGCACAAGGUAUCACAUUAUUGUGAUGGUCUUGCAUUGGAGAGUCAAGGAGAAAUUGCCCUUCCCAGGAUAAAAAUUGAUUAUUGUAUUAUAUGAUGUCUUGUUAUUUUCAGCAAUCAAACAGUUGACUAUGGCAAGAGUAGAAAGGAAAGAAAGCAAGGUAAAAAGGGAAGGCCUGCUAAUGCUGAAAACUUGAAUGGAUCUGAAGGAGGGCCUCUUGAUGUGGGUGCACUCUGUAUUUGAGCAUUAU